AUGCAGGACGGAGCCGGAGGAGGAGGAGGAGGAGACAUCCAUCAGCUGCUGAGCGUCCUCGCCGACGGCGAGGAGCAGGCAAGGCAGCUCGGCGAGGCCGCGGCCGACGGCGGCCGCGGGGAGGAGUACUACAGAGGCGCCGCGCGGCAGCUGCAGCGCACGUUCGCCAGGGCGACGGCCAUGGCGAGGGCCAUCGAGGCUGCCGGCGCCGGCGCCGGCGCGUCGGGGUCGCGCGGCACCACCACCGGCACCGGCGACCGCUCCGACUCGCCGCGGUCGGCGGACGAGAGCUCGGGCAGGACGGCAAUGGACGUCGCGCCGCAGGGACGCUGUCAGGACAUGAUCAAGAGAAGGAAGGGCCUUCCACGAUGGACCGAAAAAUUCAGGCUGCCAGAUGCAAGUUUGGAGGCUACCCCAGAUGAUGGAUUCAGCUGGAGGAAGUAUGGUCAGAAGGACAUCCUCGGUGCCAAGUUCCCAAGGGGGUACUACCGGUGCACGUAUCGCAACGCGCAGGGCUGCCCGGCGACGAAGCAGGUGCAGCGCUCCGACGCCGACCUCGCCGUCUUCGACGUCACCUACCAGGGCGCCCACACCUGCCACCAGAGGCAGCGCCAAGACGCCGCCGCGGCGCCUCCUCCGGCCGCCGGCGGGAACCACCAGCCGCCGCCGCCGCCGCCGCAGGCAGCCGAGCCGAGCGUGGAGCUGCUCAUGAGCUUCAAGAUCGACGACCUGAAGGUGGAGACCGACGGGCUGCAGGUUCCUCCGCCGGCGGCGACGAUGGACUUACACGACGGUCACCACCGCUUCUGCUUCCCCUCCGUGCCGUUCCACCACGCCGGCGUGGGGCAGCCGGACGCCGUCGACGUGCUAGGAGGAGGAGGAGGAGGAGAGGGCUUCUCCUCGCCGUUCGUCUCGCCGGCCGGGUCGGCGGCCGGCUCGAGCUACUUCUCCGUCGAGCACUGCUACGAGCCGCGGGGAGGCGGAGGCGGCCAGUUCGUCAUGGGCCACGGGGACUCGUCGGAGCUCCACGAGGUCGUCUCCGCCGCCACCGCCGCGUCCUCCUCCGCGGUGGUCGACCACGCCUCCCUCUCCGCCGCCGCCGACUUCGACUACCCUCCCUACGUGCACCACGGCGAGCUCGCCGACCCGCACCUGCCGUUCCCGCCAUUGUUUGGCGGCCCCGCUUCCAUGUACGGCCAGUACAGAGACGCGUGAUAGAUGAGGCGUGCCACGUGUCACCUGACGUGGCAAUAAUUUUCGUUUCGUUCUUUUUUAAGAGUUUUUUUUUUCAUCUUGAUGACAGGAUAGGCAGCACUACGGCAGUACUCGC